AGACCCGAAAAAGGCAAACGCUGAUUAGUUGGAAAGACGAGCGACCCUUCCCGCCCGUGAUUUUUAUUGGCUCUUUUAACGCCCUCCUUUGUGUUUUGAUCGGCGCGGAAGUAGUUAUCAAUGUGGCGGCUAUCUGUGGCAUGGUUAGCAUGGAUGUCAGUAAAAUCCGUUAAUAUGAGUUUUAUACAUAAAAAUAAAGAGCUGAACCGGUGGCAGCUGGAUGUAAUUAUAUAAGUUAAAAGUACGCAUGCUCACAGAAUGGCCCACAGUGGAAACGGAACGCCUAACACAGCUUACAAAAUUUUCACGUUUGAAGACAAGAAAAACGCGCAGGAGUCGCUCCGCGUCUCCAUCCCUGAGGUCCUCGACCCGCAGUACGGCAUGUAUGUGUGGCCGUGUGCGGUGGUUCUGGCUCAGUAUGUGUGGAUGCACAGAGAGGAGCUGAGAGGGAAGAAGGUGCUGGAGCUCAGCGCAGGUGUGAGUCUGCCAGGUGUAGUGGCGGCGCGGUGUGGAGCCGACGUGAUCCUCUCGGACGCCGCCGACAAACCGUCGUGUCUGGAGAACUGCAGGCGCAGCUGUGAAGCCAAUGCGCUCCGCGGCGUGGCGGUGGUGGGUCUCAGCUGGGGGGAGGUCUCCCCGGACCUCGUCUUGCUCCCCGAGCUGGACGUCAUCCUGGGCUCAGACGUUUUCUACGAUCCCGAAGAUUUCGAAGACGUCCUGGUGACGGUCGUUUUCCUGCUGAGAAAAAGCCCCAAAGCCGAGUUCUGGACGACGUACCAGGUUCGAAGUGCCGACUGGUCGAUCGAAGUGCUGCUGCACAGAUGGAGCCUGAGCUGCGCCGACAUUCAGCUCCAACACUUUGAUGCCGACCGAUCCGAGCUGGGCGGGUCGACGCCGGGCAACCACAGCAUCCAGAUGAUGAAAAUCAGUCUGAAGACGGAGGAUGUUGGACGGAGGACCAUCACCAUAAACUGCUCCACAACACUUUAAAGGUUCCUCAGAACAGCAGGAAGCGACGAACACGGCAGCAGUCGGAGGCUCUGAACUGAAGCUGGAUGUUUGAGCUGAUGAGUCACUGCAGGAAACUCCAACAAAGUGCAUUCUGGGUAAACUUUGCAUGUUGUAGCAAAGAGUUCCUCUGAGUCGGAAUCAUUUAACAUCAUCACCUGUAGCAGUGAAAAUGGAGAAACUUCACUGAUGUUCACAGGUUGAUGCUUAACAGUUUGAGUCACAUCAAAGGUCCUGAAGAGGUUUUUAAAACCCUUGAAGGUCCUGGAAAUAUCACUGAUUAUUAAAGAUGGUUGUAAAAUAUGAA